AUGGCAAUGCAAUUAGGGUCUUUGCUCUUUGGUCUGGUGCUAGUAAUUGGCUUUUCAUUGCAAAAUAGCGAAGCUGCUACAGAUCCACCAGUUGUUUGUGACACUAUCAACAGGACCAAUUUCGAAACAGGGUUCAUAUUCGGCGCGGCUUCAGCAUCUUACCAGUAUGAAGGUGCUGUCCAAGAAGAUGGUAGAGGACCAAGCAUAUGGGAUAACUACACCCACCAAUAUCCAGAGAGAAUUAAGGAUGGGAGCAAUGCGGAUGUCACAGUUGAUCAAUAUCACCGCUAUCAGGAAGAUGUAAAUAUCCUGAAUGAUACGGGAUUGGAUGCUUAUAGGUUCUCUAUCUCAUGGUCCAGAGUGUUGCCAAAUGGAACACUAAGUGGAGGCGUGAACGAGGCUGGAAUUGAAUAUUACAACAAACUCAUCAAUGAAACCCUACUCAAAGGUCUAAAGCCAUUUGUGACCAUCUUCCAUUGGGAUCUUCCACAAGCUUUGGAAGAAGAAUACGAUGGUUUCUUAAGCUUUGAAAUUGUCAAGCAUUUUAAGGAAUACGCAAACCUUUGUUUUGAGAGAUUUGGUGAUCGUGUAAAGCACUGGAUCACAUUGAAUGAGCCAUAUGCCUAUAGUAACAUGGGUUAUGCAAUUGGGACCUUCGCACCGGGUCGAUGCUCUGAUUGGCAGCAAUUAAACUGCACUGGCGGAAAUUCAGCUAUUGAACCAUAUUUGGUGACACACAACCUCCUUCUUGCUCAUGCAAAUGCUGUAGACUUGUACAAAACUACAUAUCAGGCACUUCAACGUGGCGUGAUAGGGAUAACACUAGUGUCACAUUGGUUUGUGCCAGUUUCUAAUGCAACGCACCAUACAAAUGCGCAAUUACGAGCUUUGGAUUUUAUGUUUGGAUGGUUCAUGGACCCAAUUACAAGUGGCCAGUAUCCGCACAGCAUGCAAGUUCUUGUUGGUCCUCGAUUACCAAGAUUCACGAAAGAACAAUCCAAGUUGCUAGCCGGGUCAUUUGAUUUUCUUGGACUAAAUUAUUAUACUACUUACUAUGCAAGUUAUGCAGGUCACAACAAUUCUGUACCCCCAAGCUACCUAACAGAUGCUCGCGUUAAUCAAUCACCGGAGCUUAAUGGGGUUCCAAUUGGUCCACAGGCUGGUUCAGACUGGUUAUAUAUUUAUCCGGAAGGAAUUUACGAUCUUUUACUCUACAUAAAGAAUAAGUAUGAUAGUCCACUCAUUUACAUUACGGAGAAUGGCGUUGAUGAGUUGAAUGAUCCCACACUAUCACUUGAGCAAGCCCUUAAUGAUACCGUUAGAAUUGACUACUACCAUGACCACCUCUGUUAUGUUCAAGCAGCAAUCAAAAACGGUACUAACGUGAAGGGAUACUUUGCGUGGUCAUUACUAGACAACUUUGAAUGGAAUUCUGGAUUCACCGUUCGAUUCGGUCUCUAUUUUGUUGAUUAUAACGAUGGACUAAAAAGGUACCCGAAAAAGUCGGCACUGUGGUUCAAAGGUUGGCUCUAGAAGUGAAGAAAGCCGAUUAGAGUUAUUGUUGGUCUUGGUUCUAUAUUUGUAUUUCCUUCAAUAAUGCAGAUGCUGUUGUGGACAAUAAUGUGAGGGAUGUCAAAUUUGUUUACGCAAAAUUUGAAUCCCAAAAUUAUAAUAAAUUUUAUCUGAUGAAGCAAAAUCAUUCAAUAA